AUGAAAGAGUGGUGGCAGCUGCUGUUGCUUUUUCUUAUCUUCGCAGUUUACCUUCAUAUUCAGAUCAAAUCACUUCUUCAAGAAGAGAUACUCAACAGUUCAUUGACAUCCACAUAUGAUCCGAAAGAUCUAGAGUAUCUCUCUUCGCUCACAGUAGUGCAAGCCGUUCAGUAUAUCAAAGGCAACAGUCCCUUGAUAUGGGUAUCUAUCAAUACAUACUUUGCUGUUCUUGCUCUUAUUGCAAAAUUUGUUACUAAAUUAACGUUUAAAGAACUUACUCGGCAAGAAGAAAUCGUUGUUCGUCAUGGUUUCUUAUCUUUUCUUAUGUUUAGCAUAGUUUUUCUGUCGGUGGUAGCAGGUGCACACCAGUCACAUAGAAUUUUACCAUGGUUAGUAUGGUUUGGAAUAAUCGGAUUCAUGACAGUGCUCCAUGACAUUGCAUACCAGCGAUUCAAAUUUGUGAGUUUGGUUUGGUCGAUUUCGGUGAUUUUUUUGUGUGAAAUCAGCUGGACAAAUAGUGAGAUUUCGCUGUACGGCUGGUGUUUUACGAAACUUGAAUGAUG